ACGUUGAAAGAAUUUCAUAACGUUGCUCUAUUUUUUAUGUGUGUGUUCACGCACACUGCUUUACUACAUACUACUUUAGAGAGCACAGCUAUGUGUCUGGCAAGAGAGGAAAUGGGUGUCUUGACUUAUCAAACGUCAUCCUGUGUGGGAGAAAAAGGCAAGAUGUCUCAGUGGAAAGCGGUUUGGAGAGAGGGGAUGAGAAAGAAGAAGGGAGGGAUUUGUUAGUCACACGAUGUAUAUAUUACUGUGUCACAAAAGACUUCAGGUUUGUCUGAAGUCUUUGUUGGAGGACAUGCUUCACUUAAAUCCAGAGCUUGUUGGGAAUAGUAAGGAAAUGAAAUGGCAAGAUAACGGAGGAGAAAGAAAAUGCAUCUUGGUUUGAUGUUACUUUAGAGAGUCUAGCACUGACGGUUUAUGUCAGGCCAUACUUGAGGUUUUACGGUGUGAGCAGCAAGUUUACAGAGGAGCACUCGAAGACACGCAACGAUGAGAGAGACUAUGUGGAUUUAUGUCGUGAUCCUGUUCUUGUCUGAAACACAGAGCGUGGAAUCAGGAACUACUGAAAGUGCCCCUGUGAACACCACUUUUCCUCCUAUCACUGAACGCAGAAAUGAACUUUUCAGUAAUGGGAGUGAUGCUAAUCUGACAUGCACCGAUAAGAUGUGGAAUGAGACAUUUUAUGUUAUCUGGAAAAUUAAAUUGAUUGACAAAACCCGUUGUGAGAUCAACUUUGACAGUUAUGGUCGAAACUCAGACACCUGCAAUGAUGGAAAGUCACUCCGAAACACAUCCAAUUCUCAGCCAUAUCUACACAUCCCAAAGUUCUCAGAAGAUGAUGUGGGAAUCUACACGUGUGAGUUUGCUUACAGAGGAGGAGCUACCAAUUGUGAAAUCCACGUGAAUAUCACAGUGACUCCUGAAAUAAAAGCCUGGAUAGAGUACAAAGACAACACAAGGGUAGCAGUAUGUAGAGCUGAAAAUGGAAAUCCUGCAGCCAACAUCAGCUGGAAUCAUGCACGAAAUUCUUCUGUGCAACAACUGCCUGGGAUAAAUGGACUUUUUACAGUAGAAAGUCGUUUGGAGCUUCCUGAAGGCAUAGAUCCAGAAAACCUGAGCUGCACCAUCAGUCACCAGAACCUGAACAAGAUUGUAUUUUUGGAAUAUCAAACAGUUAAAGUUUAUUCUCUCUGGCUGUAUGCACUCAUAGCUGGGAUAAUAAUUGCAUUUUUAGUGGGACUCUUAUUUUUUUUGGUCAUGAAGCUGAGGCAACACCAACAGUCAGAUACCUCCUCCUCCAAAUCCCCACCGAUAGAGGAUGUGGAGGAAGUGGAGCCCUAUGCUAGCUAUGUUCAACGUGUGAACUCUAUCUAUAACUGAUCUGCAGAUAUGUUCACAAUGACAAAAGAAAAAGAAAAAAGAGCGUGCACAUGCAUCACAGCCUAAAUGCAACAAGUCUUUGUGAGAAACUGAGGGCUGUGAAACUGAGAAAGGGUGAAAUAGUAAAGAGAGGGAAGGAUCAAAGAUUUUCUCUGAAAGAGGAAAGUUUCUCGCUUUAAAUGUAUCCUAAUAAACACUUAACUAAUGGAACGGGGGAUGUACCUGAUGUCUGCCCACCACUUUGUGUGGGUCUCAAGGAGAACAUUAACUAAAAAAUGCACUGUACUGCUGAAAUGAGGAGGCUCUUGAGCCACAUGCAGCAUGUAAGACUACAGAACUACAGACUUUUGAUAAUGCUGAUGAAAUAUAUUAGCUACAAUUAUGUACAAAUACACUUAUUUAAACAUUAACAGUUAAAUAGAUGAUCAUUUCUUACAUAGAAUCAUGCUGGAGUGGCUACAGUACAAGCACCAAGCAACGAAAACAUGCAUUUUAAUCGCAUAGCUGUCUCAAGGUAAUGUGGACAAUGCCAUGUGAAGUAUUUAUGUUAUGUAUGAAUGUGAGAUGAUAUGAUUCUUUGUAUUAAAGUGCAUGUAUAAAUGCUGACUUCAUUUUAGCUACAUUCUUCAGACUUAGGAACAACAUUAGUAAUGCUGCAUCAGAGCAACUCAGCAAGAUACACCAAAAAGAGUCAAAACAGUUGUUCUCAACAUUUUAACAGUGAUAUCUGCCAAGGUGACUUUUUCAUUGUUUGAGGGCAUGCACUAAAAAUACAAUCAAUACUAAUUGUCACUUUUUUCAUAGUGACUGUGUAAAGACUCACCUCAGUACAGUAACAGUGACUAAUGCAGUUCCGAGAAAAGAAACUAGAAAAAGGAACUAUUCUGCCCUCUACUGGUGAAUAAUAGAAUUUAUGUUGCUACAGGAUUAAAUGAUGCAAGGCGUCUGAAUAAUUUCACUGAUAGAAGUCAAUCUAUUCCUCCGAGUUUGAAAGCCAUUAUUUGGUCUUUGGGAAUAGUUCUCCGGACUUCUUGAAGGACAUUGAAAGCCCUUAUUUGGAUGUUGGCUGCCUGUUCUCU